AUGGCGGCAAUGCCGGACGCGGACUGCGCGGCCAUGACGGUGCCGCUGCUCCCACGGCCCACGUGCCUGUCGGUCUCCUUCUCCUCCACCUCCUUCGCGUCCUCCUCCUCCUCCUCCUCCACCACCUCCGCCUCCUCCUCACCCCACUCCGCUUUCCCGCCGCCGCAGCCGCAGGGCCCGUGCAAGGCGCUGGCGGUGCUGCGGGACCACGCGGGCUCCGUCUCCUGCCUCUCGCUCUGCGGGGAGUUCCUGCUCAGCGCGUCCACGGGCGGCGACAUCGUGGCGUGGCAGCAGCCCGACCUGCGGCGCUUCGCGCGGUUCGGCCACGGCGAGAACGGCGGCUCCGUCAAGGCGCUGGCGGCCGCGGGCAAGCGGGUCUUCUCCGCGCACCAGGACGGCUGCGUCUGUGUCUGGCGCGUCUCCCGCCGCUCCCGCUCCGAGAACGCCUUCAAGCUCGUCGCCGCGCUGCCCACCGCCAGGGACUACCUGGGCCGGGUGUUCCGCCAGGCCAGCUACGUGCAGACAACGGCGUGGUGUAGCCACCGGCGCCUCUGGAUCGAGCACGCCGACAGCAUUUCCUGCCUCGCCGUCGCCGCCACAGUGCACAACGCCGCGCUGCUCUACUCGGGCUCCUGGGACCGCACGCUCAAGGUUUGGCGCAUCGCUGACCUCAAGUGCCUCGAGUCCAUCCGCGCCCACGACGACACCGUCAACGCCGUCGCCGCCGACGCCGGCGUCGUCUACUCCGGCUCCGCCGACGGCCGCGGCGUCCUCGUCGCCCGCGAUGGCGUGUCCUGGAACGCGCUCGCCGUCGCCACCGCCGACCGCCGGGUCUACGCCGCGGGCUCCGACAGCCACGUCGCCGGCUGGGACCGCCUCGACGGCAGGACCGCCGCGCGCUGGACCCUCGCGUGCGAUGUGAAGGCGCACGACAUGGCCGUGCUGUGCCUCUGCGUCGUCAGGGACAUGCUCUGCACCGGCUGCGCCGACAAGACCAUCGGCCUGUGGCGCCGGCAGAGCGGCGGCGAGCUGGCCAAGGUGGGCGUCAUUGGAGGCCACGAGGGCCCUGUAAAAUGCAUCCAGGCGUCCUGGUGCAGGCUCAGCAAUGGCUGCAUGGUCUACAGCGGGAGCCUUGACAAGACCAUUAGAGUUUGGUGGGUGCCCGGUGCUUUGCAGCAUGACAAUGGCAACGAGCAGCAGCAACAACAAGAAAAGAGCUUCAAGGAUCGGAAUCAUAAUGAGAAGGCUUCUUUGUUCUUGAGAUGA